AUGACCACGGCGAGCGUGUUGCUGACAGUGGGCACGGCGUGGGGCGCUGCCAGCGAGAAUUGUGAUAAGGAGUGCGCGAACAGGCCGCCAUGGAACCACGCGGCUGUCGCGGCCCGCGAGCUUCGCGAGAGUCCCUCCAUCAGGGAGCAAACGCUGCGCAUCAUGAGGGAAUGGCUACAGAAGAACGGCGACGUCAGGAACGUGAGACAGGACGAUAAUUUCUUAUUACGGUUUCUGCGUCAGAAGAAGUACAGUAUACCCAUGGCCCAGCAGACGUUGUUAAAGUAUUUAAGCUUGAGAAAAUACUACCCGGAAUGUUUCUCAAAACUAGACUACGAAGACUCCAGGGUUGCUGAGAUACUUAAUAACGGGUACAUUGUUGUUUCUCCUGUUCGAGACGGCAAGGGACGUCGGGUUAUCGUAUACAACAUGAGCAAAUUCAACGCAAACAAGUUCACUUGCUGGGAUAUGUGCCGGGUGCACAUAGUUGUAUACGAGAGUCUGUUGGACGACCAGGCUGACCAGAUCCUGGGCUUCACCCACGUCGGCGAAGGCACUGGCGUGACUAGCGCUCACAUCACGGCGUGGAACCCUUCUGACUUCGCCAGGAUCCUCAAGUGGGGAGAGCAAUCGGUCCCGAUGCGACACAAGGAGCUCCAUCUCGUCAACAUCCCAUCAACCAUUAAGUACAUUAUCGAUUUCGCUGCCAGCAAAGUCUCUCCCAAAAUGGCUCAAAGAUUGAAUAUUCACGCAAACCUGAAACAACUGCACAAGCACGUCGAUGUCUCUUGCCUGCCUACCGCUUACGGUGGCCCGCUUGAACUCGAAGACAUGGUCAGUUAUACAAAACAGCUUCUUGCGGAGCAGAGGAAGAGACUGCUCGCACUUGACGACAUGGAAAUCCUAAGCACCGAAGGGAUCACAUCGUCCAAAAGCAAACCCACGAAAGACUCAGUUUCAAUAAAAGGAAGCUUUAGAAAACUAGAAAUAGAU